AUGUCCAAAGCUCAAUGGUUGGACUACUCUCGCUAUAUGCAUGCCGAGCAUCCGCGGUGGAGACAUGCUUUCAUCGCAAAAAGAUGGGGGGCGCUCAAGAUUCCACUGAAGAAGAUCGCUGAAUGGAACCGUCUCAAUGCUCUGGGAGUCUUCGCGCCCGCUGCAGUUCUCAUUGCCCAAGUGGGAGGUGCUGCUGCUGCUGGCCAGGCUAUGAUGGGUGGAAAUGCUGUGGGCGGGGUAGGAAAUGCAGCAGCGGGCGGGACAGGGAUCGCGGCAGGCGUCGUCGGUGUCGGCCCUGGUGGUGUAGGCGGUGCGGGACAGGUCGCUGGUAGGCAAGGCGUUACACCAGGCGGUGGACAAGUCAACGUCGCUGGACUCGCCCUGGGCGUACCAAGAAAUGCAACAGUGGGCGCAGGCCCUGUUCACGUCGGUCAUGUACCUGGUGCAGCCAACCACCCGGUAGCCGCUGCCCAAGAUGCGAGCGACAAUCUGCACGCACAGAUAGACGUCGAAGAUCCAGAUCCAGACAUGCUGUACGACUGGGAUUGCAGCGAUCGUGUAGCAGAUGACAACACGAGCCGCCUGGAAUAUCUGCUUCAGGCAGAUCACUCUAAUGUUUUUGGCACCGGGUGGCAUGCGGCUAAGGAAGCGUGUAGAGGCAGGAAUACGACUAGCAUCUGGUUCCGACUGGAUGACAAUGAUCGAAUUUCUGAUAGGAUUGUCGUCAAGGAUACCUAUCUUACCCUGAGUCAGUGGGUCGAUGUACGAAAGUGGGAAGUGGAGAACCCGAAGCAACGGACUAUGCAUCCAAUGGAAUAUGGUGUCCAGAGCAUACUUCGCAAGACAUCUCACGAUCGUCAUUUUGCUUGGAUCCGCGAAGGUCCCGAUGACCCGGACCUAUAUCGCGAAGUCUCUGGAGGACAAGAUGCUCAUGCUUGGAACGGAGCUCGAGGCUUUCGCUCUCUAGAGACAACGGCAGUCAAGCCAGAUCUUCCAUGGUAUCUCAGCCAGGACGAGAAGAUCCUAUCGGCAAGCAAUAUUUGGUCAAUCGGCAGAACUAUGAUCAGCUUUAAUGGACCGGGUUUCCGAUUGUAA